GCACAGCAGGGCUGCAGCAGCUGCCAGGACCCAGCAAUGCCUGGAGGGAAGGCGGCAGAGGAGCCAGCAGGUCCUUGCAGGUGUUUUCCCUCCUCCAAUGCUGGUGGUAGAAAAACAGUUCGAAGGAUUUUGAUGUCAUGCCUGGUCUCCCUCUGCAGUCUCCUUGGGGCCAUUUCUUUUGAUUUGAGCAACAGCUUGGGAAUGUGGAAAGACACAGGCAGAGCCCUUCAGGAACUUUCCUCCUGUGAAACCCUUUGGGCUGCUCACCUCAUCUCUGUCCUGCAGGAAGAAAGGCACAGCUGGCUGUUCCCAGCAGCAGACACAAGGAAUAGAUCAUUCCAUUCUCACCUCCUGGGGAACUUAAACUCCACCUGUAUGGCAAGUGAGGCAGAGCUGUACUGUGAGAAUUGCCAGUGCAAGGAGGAGAAAAUCUCCAUUUGUAGAUUUUACAGAACUGACUUGAGACACAAACAGAACAUCUCAGGGGUUACUGAAGCCAGGCAGGUGCUGUCCAGAGCGAUCUCUGAGCUGCUUGAGCGUUUCUGGAGCCCCCAUGAGGACCUCAAAGCCAUGAGACACAAUCCUGACUGGGCAGACACAGUGGCUUUUAAACUUAUCCUGCAAAUCAGAGAAGCUGUGCUCAAAGCCCAGCCAGUGCCAGCACCUCUGAGCCUUCAAACCACACUGCACCAACAUUUUGCCACUCUGAGCUAUGCUCUCUUCUCCUCAGAGACUGCACAUAAGUGCUGGACAGAUAAUGUCAAUUUAUCCCUUUAUUUCACCCAGUAUGAAGGAAUCUCCUUCUUUACCCCAUUCCUGGGCUUGGGUGACUUUGUGUCCCUGGAAGCCACAGUGAGGGGACUGCACUAUGCACAGAGCUGUCUGCUGCAGGAGGGACAGGAAAAGUUGCACAAAAAAUCCAAGGAAAUCCUGUCUGCAAUAAGCCUGAAGAUCAGUCUGCUGGUGGUGGCCUGUCUCAUUUACCCCAUUGUGCUGCUGUCCUUCAAGCAAAUGACAGAUUGGAUACACAGCUAUGCCAGCAACCUCAAGGAAAAGACAGAGGACUUGAAAAGGGAGAGGCGCCUAGCUGAGGACCUCUUGCACCAGAUGUUGCCAAAGUCUGUGGCCAAGCAGCUAAGGAAAUGCCAAAAAGUUGAGGCAGAAAACUAUGAUCAGGUCACAAUCUUCUUCUCAGACAUCGUGGGGUUCACAGGCAUUGCUGCCUCCUGCACUCCCCUGCAAGUGGUUGAGAUGCUCAACAAUCUCUACGUCUGCUUUGACACCAGGAUUGACUCUUAUGAUGUGUACAAGGAAAGCUCAGUUCCUGCCUCUUAGUGACACGUGCCCCUUCCCAUCAGGUGGAAACCAUUGGGGAUGCCUACAUGGUGGUGAGUGGCCUGCCAGAGAGGAAUGGCACCAAACACGCCCAUGAGAUUGCCAAAAUGUCCCUGGACCUGGUGGCAGCAGUGCGGCAGGUGGUGAUCCCUCACAUGCCAAGGGACAGGCUGGAGCUGC